AUGGAGACGUCACAAGAGCAUAGCUUUUUCAACAACCACACGACAAACUCAGCCUCUGACCCCGAAGCAGAAGAUCCAAUCCUACGACUAUCUUCUUCUUCGUCGUCGUCUUGUUCCUCCUUUUCUUGUUCUUCCAAAGAAGCAGAACCAAGACCUGAUGAUUAUAACAACAACAACGUAGAUCAAUCCCCUCCAACACAAAUGAUGGAGAGAUCUUCUACAAACAACAACUCACCCUCAACACCCACUUACAGAAUCCCUGCACACGUUUUCGAAACAACAGCCUCUUCGGCUCCAGGUGAAUGGAGCACUCUCUCCAACGAGUCUCUCUUCAGCAUUCACAUUGGGAACAAUAGCUUCAGUGGAGAAGAUUACUUCAAAUCCGGAGAGCUCACUUUUCCUCAACCUCCUUCACCGAGAACUCCUUCUUUACCAUCUCCGCCUCGAGACACAAACCAAGGAGGAGGUGGAGUUGUGGAUAUAGGCAAGAAAGCAGCUGAAACAGACAAAGCGUACCGCGCAAGUAAAGACAAAGCGUACUACGCAAGUAAAGACGAAGAAGAGAAGUCUGUAGCAAGUAUUGGAGAUGUUUUCAUGGCUAAUAAAGACAACAAAACUAAUAAACUAGAUCGUUCAGUUUCUCGUCAGUCGGAAGAUUUCAGCGUCAAGUCUUUCGCUUUCCCAAUAUUACGGAAUGCAGAUAAGGGUGGAUUACAAGGCUCAACUCCACAAAUGAAACCGAUUGUGAUUUCGUUAGAGGCUGAUGGAGAUGGAGAUGGAGGACUGAAGAAAGAGGAAGCUUCUAAACCCGUUACUCCUAAAGCAGAAGCUGAUCGUGGCUGUAGUCGAUACCCUAGCUGGUUAUCUUGCUUCCCUUGCUGCAAAACUUCAUAUAUCUAA